GCUGUUCCACAACAACGCUUCUAUAGUUCUGUGAAAAUGCAUGGUCUUGGCUUAACUGUUGAAUGUAUGCGACUCAGUUCAAUAACAGAUAAUCUCUGCGAGGAAAAUUCACUCUCCCCCUCGGGUGAGGUCAGAAUUGUUCCUGAUGUAUCAACCAAAUGCAGACUCCCCUGGGUAAGAAACCAAGAAAUGGUUUUGGUUGACAUGUUAACUGAACCUGGUAAAGCAUGGCAGUACUGUCCGAAGGAUGUGCUUCGUAGAUUUUCAACAAUUUUAGAAGAUGAAUUUGGCUUGGUCAUGAAUGUAGGGAUUGAAGUUGAAUUUUACCUUUUGAAGAGUGUAAUAAAGGAUGGAAAAGAAACAUGGGCCGCAAUUGACAGGUCCUCUUACUGCUCUACAGCAGCAAUAGAUGUUGCAUCAUCAGUUCUUGAAGAGGUUUUCGUUUCAUUGCAGUCCUUGAAUAUUAUUGUCGAGCAGCUACAUUCAGAAGCUGGGAAAGGCCAGUUCGAAAUUGUCCUGGGAUACACAGAUUGUCGUAGAGCAGCUAAUAACUUAAUAAUUACACAUGAAAUCAUCAAAGGAAUUGCAAGGAAACAUGGGCUGCUAGCAAGUUUUAUGCCAAGGUAUUAUUACGAUAAUGUCUAUCCCUGGUAUGAUGAAUAUUCAAAAGACGAUGUUGGCUCUGGAUCACAUUUGCACAUCAGUUUAUCUAAGAAUGGAGAAAACGUUUUUAUGGCAUCUAUUGAACCAAAUCGGUAUGGGAUGACCAAGAUUGGAGAAUCGUUCAUGGCUGGGGUGUUAGAUCAUCUUCGUUCCAUAUGUGUAUUUACAAUGCCUAUUGAAAACAGUUAUGAGCGCUUAAUGCCUAAGUCGUGGAAUUCAUCAUACCUUUGCUGGGGGUUGGAAUGCAAAGAGUUAACUAUAAGAGCUUGUUGCCCUCCUGGAGCUCCAGAUGGUGUAGUAACCAAUUUUGAAAUUAAAACAUUUGAUGGAUCUGCAAACCCACACCUUGGUCUUGCCUGUAUAAUUAUUGCUGGGAUCGACGGCUUGCGGAGAAAUUUACCAAUUCCAGAUCCAGUAGAGCCAGAAGCUGAUGUCUUCGAUCACAAUGAUGACAACGAUGAUAUAAGAGUACCAGCUUCUCUUAGAUGCUCUAUAAUCCAUAUAUUCUCUGAUGAAUGGUUUAAAGAAAUGUUGGGUGAGAACUUUUUGAUCACCAGACGAGGAAUUUGCAGCGAAGAAAUCGGACACUACAUGAUGGGUAGAGACGAAAAAUACGUGCACUGUGUAUUCAAUUAUUAGGUUUAUCACAUGCAUCAGAGAGAUCAGGAUGGUUCAUAUUGUUAAUUAUUAUAUUUGAACA